GCCCCGCCGCCUCCCCGCCGCCAUCUUCGCCGCCGAGCCCGCCGGUCCCGCUCGCAGCGCCGCCGCCCCGCAGGCCGCCCGUCCAUGGCCAGCUUUCCCCCGAGUGUCAACGAGAAGCUCAUCGCACGGUCCCGCACGGUAGGAGAGCUCCUGGCCCCCACGGCUCCCUUCGACAAGAAGUGUGGGCGGGAGAACUGGACGGUCGCCUUCGCUCCCGAUGGCUCGUACCUGGCGUGGUCGCAGGGACACCGCAUAGUGAAGCUGGUCCCCUGGGCACAGUGCCUCAGUAACUUUUUGCUGCACGGCACAAAGAAUGGUGCAAACCCCGUCGGCACAAGGCUCCCGAGGCAGAACAGUGAGAGCGGGCAGAAGAACAAGCCCUGCGAGCACGUCAUCGACUGCGGGGACAUCGUGUGGAGCCUGGCCUUCGGCUCCUCGGUGCCGGAGAAGCGGAGCCGCUGCGUCAACAUCGAGUGGCACCGCUUCAAGUUCGGGCAGGACCAGCUGCUCCUGGCCACCGGCCUCAACAACGGCCGCAUCAAGAUCUGGGAUGUCUACACAGGAAAACUCCUCCUGAACCUGAUGGACCACACGGAAGUUGUCAGAGAUUUAACCUUUGCCCCUGAUGGCAGCCUGAUUUUAGUGUCUGCAUCCAGAGACAAAACCCUGCGGGUGUGGGACCUGAAAGAUGACGGAAAUAUGAUGAAGGUGUUGAGAGGCCAUCAGAACUGGGUGUAUGGCUGUGCAUUCUCGCCAGACUCCUCCAUUCUCUGUUCUGUUGGAGCUAGUAAGGCAGUUUUCCUCUGGGAUAUGGAUAAAUACUCCAUGUUACGGAAACUUGAAGGACAUCACAAUGAUGUUGUAGCUUGUGAUUUCUCUCCUGAUGGAGCAUUACUGGCUACUGCAUCUUAUGAUACUCGAGUCUAUAUCUGGGAUCCACAUAUUGGAGUUAUUCUUAUGGAAUUUGGGCACCUGUUCCCCGCUCCCACGCCGAUAUUCGCCGGCGGCGCCAACGACCGCUGGGUGCGAGCCGUGUCCUUCAGCCACGACGGGCUGCACGUCGCCAGCCUGGCCGACGACAAAAUGGUGAGGUUCUGGAGAAUUGAUGAAGAAUACCCUGUACAAGUUGCACCUCUGAACAACGGGCUCUGCUGUACUUUCUCUACUGAUGGCAGUGUUCUUGCUGCAGGGACGCAGGACGGCAGCGUGCACUUCUGGGCCACCCCCCGGCAGGUGGCCAGCCUGCAGCACCUGUGUCGCCUGGCCAUCCGCAGGGUGAUGCCCACCGGCCACGUCAGGAACCUGCCCAUCCCAGCCAAGGUGGUGGAGUUCCUUUGCUACCAGAUUUGAUUUUUUGGAGAAGAAGAAAAAAAACCAAUUCCAGCUGGCAAGUGGCCCAGGUGCUGAAAGUGGCUACAAACACUUCACAGGAUCCUCAAACUGUACAGCCUUUAAGCUUAAAACUCUACAGGUUUUUCAAGAGCUAUUUAAAGUGAUAACCUAAAUACUAUUUUAUCAAAAUGCCUGACAGGUAAUUUUUUUACUAUUUAUAGAAAACACAGUAGAAGUAUUCCUGGUGUUCUCAAUUUUCUAAGAUGUAACUGUGAAAACAUGUACAUAUAUAGACAUAAGCUGCUACAUGUUAUCAUUGUACCUUUAAAAAUUGCUUCCCUGAUGUUUCCUGUGUCUCAUGUUUAUAUUGCUUUGGUAGAGCCAUGGUGCAUCUAUGCUGUAAGUGGAAGGAAAACUGUUAUUCUGGGACGUUGAGGUAGGAAAAUUAUUGACUUACAGAGCAGUUAAGCUUCCUUCUGUAUAUUGGUUGGGGUCAGGAAACUGAGCCCAGGUCAGACUUUGUGCUAGUUUCUUUGUGAGGAGGUACAGCUUGGCUUUGUAGAGCAGUUUGUGUGUGCUGGUUUAAGAGUAAACUGGCAGGAGAAAUGAACCCAGCUCAAGAGAGAUUACAAGUCAGAGUUACAAUUUACUAAAAAGAUUACAAUAAAUAGAAUGAUACUGAGAAAAACUGGUUUUAACCCACAAGGACAGAUGAGUAACCCAGCACCCUGGGACACGAACAGAACAGUGUUUGUCAACCCCUGUGCUGAUACCACCUGGCCCCCAUGGGUGCAGAGUAAAAGGACAGGAAACCUCUUGGUCCAGAUGGUGGUCACAGUCCUGUUGGAGUAACGAUGCCAGUCCUGCUGAGAGUGGCAGUCGCAGUCCUGUUGGGGUUCUGCUCCUCCUCUGGGUCCGAGGAGCGGUGCCAGAAGUCCCAGAGCCCAAAGGCUGUAUAUCCAGGUGGGAAUGCCCAGCUCCUCCCCCAGGCCAGGGAGUUUCACAGUGGGUGAUUUAACUGUGUGAGCCAUGGGAUGUUUUUGGACUCUGAUGGUCUGGGUGCUGCAGGUGCUUGUUGUGCCAGUCCAGCGUGGCCCCUCAGCAGAGAUGACCCCUCAGGCUGGGUCUGGAGGGGGUUGUCACAGCUGGGUAUUGGUCCCAGGCCCCGUAACUAGGACAGUGUGGCAAAGGGAAGGAGGUCAGUAAGGCCUGGAGAGGAUCUAAUGUAACCCAGGACUGUGCCUGUGUCAGCUGAAGGCCUUGUGCUCCAGAGCAGCAAAUCAGGUGAAAUUUCAGUAUUGGGCAGUGUUAAAGAACUAUUUCCUUAUAUUUCUGAAAAUCUGACUACUGUAUUAUUGCCUGAUACUGUGUCUGUAAUGAGAGGUUUACAGACUCAGUCUAUUAUCCUUUAACCCUGUAAUAUCUCUUUGGGGGUGAUUAUUGGUUUAUGGCCAAAGAUAAGCAAAAUAUUUGGUUUUGCCUUCUGUUAUUUAUCUGUACCUGCAGAUAUAAAGAAUGUAUGCAUUGCAUAAAAUGCCUGAUAUAUAUUUUUGUUUAAUUUUUUAAUUAAAAACUUGUAUAAAAGUUUUCUGA